UCUUGUUUGAACCUUGCAAUGAGGGAGGUUCCUACGGCGGAAGGCCCGACUUGAAAAUUUCUCAGCCUUACUUGCAAAGUCUUUUUGGCGAUGGAAACUGAAGCGCCCAGCGCCUCGGAACGCGUUGUCCUCCGGGUAGGGGAAUCUCAGUACUUUACAACCGUUGGAACAUUGGUAGAAAAAAGCCAAUACUUCAAGUCCUACUUUUCCGGCGCGUGGCCGAUCGAGAAGGAGGAGGAUGGAUCCAUAUUCAUCGAAGGUGACCCGCAUGCUUUUGAUUAUGUUAUGCAAUAUCUUCGACGGGGAACAUUCCCCCUUGCCUUCGACGUUCAGAGGGGGCACAAUUAUUCUAUGUACUCCAGGGUACUGGAAGAAGCUAAAUAUUUUCAGUGCCCGCUGCUUGUUGCGUGGUUGGAGGACGCGUGCUACAACAAAUGUGUUACCUGGCGAGUAGAAACUACUAUCCAGGAGGCCACCGAACUAGCCUCGAGCGGGAACGGCAGUACGAGGGAUCCGAAGUUCAGCCCGUACUCCAAGUGUGCAGAAAAGGUCUAUGAGUGCCCUCGGGGAAUACCAGGGCACCGGGGGGGGAAGGCGUGUGGCAGGAAAUGUCGAAAUGCCCAAGGAAAUGACCCGCGAGAAUUUGACACCGAAAGUGUCAUCGAGAAAUGGAUAGUGGCUAGAACGGAGUAUCUUCCCCAUCUUGGAUGGAUGACGGACUCUGGGUACCUUUCCCAUUCCAGCUUAUCAACCUAAUACUAAUAACAUACGUUUGAAGGAAAGAUUUCCUAGCGCACCUGGCAACGCGCCCGACCCUUGAGUAGGUCCACCCGUGGUGGCUGAUAUGAUGUGCUAGAUGUGGCAUACCCGGAAAUCCGUCUCUCAAAAUUUCUCGAGUCAUCAACCCAUGUUCAGGCUGCAGAUGAAGGUCUAAAACCAAUGCUACUUGUAACCCGGGUGCCCCGUACGGAGAAAUCAUGGUUUGAUAACUAUAUAUCUAAUUGUGCUCACAAGCAAUUCUAGUAUGAACCCUGGCUUGUGUGAGCGAGCUUUUAUUAGUCGGAGAAUGAAAGCUUUGCUGUGCUAUUUACUUCUCUUUUAA